UCCCUAGGUCCCCGCCCGCAGCACCUGGGUAUCCUGCGACAGGUGAACACUGCGUAGCAGAGAGCUCGCUAGAACUCCAACGUCCCCAUCAUGGGUAACAGCGCAGCCCGCAGCGACUUCGAGUGGGUCUACAGCGACCAGCCGCACACCCAGAGGCGCAAGGAGAUGCUCGCCAAGUACCCAUCCAUCAAGGCCCUGAUGCGGCCAGACCCCAACAUCAAGUGGACCGUGCUGGGAAUGGUACUGGUGCAGGUGCUGGCCUGCUGGCUGGUACGGGGGCUCUCUUGGCGAUGGUUGCUGUUUUGGGCCUAUGCCUUUGGCGGCUGCAUCAACCACUCACUGACACUGGCCAUCCAUGACAUCUCGCACAACACUGCCUUUGGCACACGCUGUGCCUCCCGCAACCGCUGGUUUGCCGUCUUUGCUAAUCUGCCCAUUGGCCUACCUUACGCCACGUCCUUCAAAAAGUACCACGUGGACCACCAUCGUUACCUGGGCGGAGACGGGCUGGAUGUGGAUAUCCCCACGGACUUCGAGGGCUGGUUCUUCUGCACACCGGCCCGCAAGCUGCUCUGGCUGGUGCUUCAACCCUUCUUCUACUCACUCAGGCCACUCUAUGUGAACCCCAAGGCGGUGACGCGUAUGGAGAUCCUCAAUGCCCUGGUGCAGCUGGCAUUUAAUGUCACCAUCUUUGCCCUCUGGGGGAUCAAAGCCAUAGUCUACCUUCUAGCCAGCUCUCUCCUGGGCCUGGGCCUGCACCCUAUCUCUGGCCACUUCGUGGCAGAGCAUUAUAUGUUCCUGAAGGGCCACGAGACUUACUCCUACUAUGGGCCUCUCAACUGGAUUACCUUCAAUGUUGGCUACCACAUGGAACACCACGACUUCCCCAGCAUCCCCGGUUGCUACCUGCCACUGGUGCGGACGAUUGCACCCGAAUACUACGACCAUCUGCCGCAGCACCACUCCUGGGUGAAAGUGCUCUGGGACUUCGUGUUUGAGGACUCUCUGGGACCCUACUCCAGGGUUAAGCGCAAGUGCAAGCUGGCGAAGGACCAGCUGUGAGCCCCGCUGGCCAGUAGUCCAGAUCCAGCAGCCACAGGCUCCUGCCCACGUGGCCAGGGCCACAUCCACUCCUGCAGUCUAAGCUGGUUCUGGCUCUGUUGGGCCCAGCAAGUAGAUCCAGGUUGGAGUGACCAGGUUUACCUGAUCUUUCUGGGUCUUAGCUAUGACUGGCCAGGAUAUUCUGCGCAGGCAGUCCCAUGGAGCUGGCUUCUCUUUUUCUAUGCCCCACAUUAAAUUUAAUACAUCUUUAUAGUCUA